AUGGAGGGGCCUGUGUUAACACUGGGACUGCUGGCUGCCCUGAUGGUGUGUGGUAAGAGUGGCAGCUGGGGCCUGAACGAGGAGGAACGACUGAUCCGGCACCUGUUUGAGGAGAAGGGGUACAACAAGGAGCUGAGGCCUGUGGCACAGAAAGAGGAGAGUGUGGAGGUCUCCCUGGCCCUCACCCUCUCCAACCUCAUCUCCCUGAAAGAAGUUGAAGAGACCCUCACCACUAACGUGUGGAUUGAGCACGGCUGGACAGACAGCCGGCUGGAGUGGGAUGCCGAAAAAUUUGGGAACAUCAGCGUCCUGCGCCCUGACAUGGUGUGGCUCCCAGAAAUUGUGCUGGAGAACAACAAUGACGGCUCCUUCCAGAUUUCCUACUCCUGCAACGUGCUCAUCUACUCCUCUGGCUACGUGUACUGGCUGCCACCCGCCAUCUUCCACUCUUCUUGUCCCAUCUCCGUCACCUACUUCCCCUUCGACUGGCAGAACUGCUCCCUCAAGUUCAGUUCACUCAAGUACACGGCCAAGGAGAUCACCCUGAGCCUGAAGCAGGAUGAAGAGGAUGGCCGCCACUACGCCAUGGAGUGGAUCAUCAUCGACCCCGAGGGCUUCACAGAGAACGGGGAGUGGGAAAUAGUGCACCGGCCAGCCAGGAUCAACGUGGACCCCAGUGCCCCGCUGGACAGUCCCGGCCGCCAGGACGUCACCUUCUAUCUCAUCAUCCGCCGCAAGCCCCUAUUCUACGUCAUCAACAUCCUGGUGCCCUGUGUGCUCAUCUCCUUCAUGAUCAACCUGGUCUUCUACCUGCCGGCUGACUGUGGCGAGAAGACAUCAAUGGCCAUCUCUGUGCUCCUGGCCCAAUCUGUCUUCCUGCUGCUCAUCUCCAAGAGGCUGCCAGCCACAUCCAAGGCCAUCCCCCUCAUUGGCAAGUUCCUGCUCUUUGGCAUGGUUCUGGUGACCAUGGUCGUGGUGAUCUGUGUCAUCGUGCUCAACAUCCACUUCCGCACACCCAGCACCCACGUGCUGUCUGAGGGGGUCAAGAAGCUCUUCCUGGAGACCCUGCCGGAGGUCCUGCACAUGUCCCGCCCCACGGAGGAUGGGCCCAGUCCCGGGGCCCUGGUCCGGAGGAGUAGUUCCCUGGGCUACAUCUCUAAGGCAGAGGAAUACUUCUCGCUCAAGUCUCGAAGUGAUCUCAUGUUUGAGAAGCAGUCAGAGCGACAUGGGCUAGCCCGGCGCCUCACCACCGCACGCCGGCCCCCAGCAGGCUCUGAGCAGGCCCAGCAGGAGCUCUUCAGUGAGCUGAAGCCAGCUGUGGAUGGGGCCAAUUUUAUCGUCAAUCACAUGAGGGACCAGAACAAUUACAACGAGGAAAAGGACUGCUGGAACCGAGUGGCCCGCACAGUGGACCGACUCUGCCUGUUUGUGGUGACACCCAUCAUGGUAGUGGGCACGGCCUGGAUCUUCCUUCAGGGCGCCUACAAUCAGCCUCCACCUCAGCCUUUCCCUGGGGACCCCUUCUCCUACCGCGAGCAGGACAAGCGCUUCAUCUAGAGUGGGCCUGUCCUGCCCAGCCUGGCGCAGCAGCCAGGACAGCUCCAUG